AUGGCGAAGAGGGAGGACAGCCCUGGCCCAGAGGUCCAGCCAAUGGACAAGCAGUUUCUGGUGUGCAGCAUCUGCCUGGAUCGGUACCGGUGCCCCAAGGUCCUGCCUUGCCUGCACACAUUUUGUGAGAGAUGCCUCCAGAACUACAUCCCUGCCCAGAGCCUGACGCUGUCAUGUCCGGUGUGUCGGCAGACGUCCAUCCUCCCCGAGCAGGGUGUCUCCGCACUGCAGAACAACUUCUUCAUCAGUAGCCUCAUGGAGGCCAUGCAGCAGGCAUCUGAUGGGGCCCAGGACCCCGAGGACCCCCACCCCCUCAGCGCGGUGGCUGGCCGCCCCCUCUCCUGCCCCAACCAUGAAGGCAAGACGAUGGAGUUUUACUGUGAGGCCUGCGAGACGGCCAUGUGCGGCGAGUGCCGCGCGGGGGAGCACCGAGAGCACGGCACCGUGCUGCUGCGCGAUGUGGUGGAGCAGCACAAGGCGGCCCUGCAGCGCCAGCUCGAGGCGGUGCGCGGCCGACUGCCACAGCUGUCCGCAGCUAUCGCCUUAGUGGGGGGCAUCAGCCAGCAGCUGCAGGAGCGCAAAGCAGAGGCCCUGGCCCAGAUCAGCGCAGCCUUCGAGGACCUGGAACAGGCACUGCAACAGCGCAAGCAGGCUCUGGUCAGCGACCUGGAGGCCAUUUGUGGGGCCAAGCAGAAGGUGUUGCAGACCCAGUUAGACACACUGCGUCAGGGGCAGGAACAUAUCGGCAGCAGCUGCAGCUUCGCGGAACAAGCCCUGCGUCUGGGCUCGGCCCCGGAGGUGUUGCUGGUGCGCAAGCACAUGCGAGAGCGGCUGGCCGCGCUGGCGGCUCAGGCCUUCCCCGAGCGGCCACAUGAGAACGCGCAGCUGGAACUGGUCCUCGAAGUCGAUGGGCUGCGGCGAUCGGUGCUCAAUCUCGGUGCGCUGCUCACCACGAGUGCCACUGCACAUGAGACCGUGGCCACGGGCGAGGGCCUGCGCCAGGCGCUCGUGGGCCAGCCCGCCUCACUCACCGUCACUACCAAAGACAAGGAUGGGAGGCUGGUGCGCACAGGCAGCGCGGAGCUGCGCGCGGAGAUCACGGGCCCCGACGGCACGCGCCUUCCUGUGCCGGUGGUGGACCACAAGAAUGGCACGUAUGAGCUGGUGUACACGGCACGCACUGAAGGCGAGCUGUUCCUCUCAGUGCUGCUCUACGGCCAGCCGGUGCGUGGCAGCCCUUUCCGCGUGCGUGCCCUGCGUCCUGGAGACCUGCCACCUUCCCCAGACGACGUCAAGCGCCGCGUCAAGUCCCCCGGCGGCCCCGGCAGCCACGUACGCCAGAAGGCGGUGCGCAGGCCCAGCUCCAUGUACAGCACAGGUGGCAAACGGAAGGACAACCCCAUUGAGGACGAACUUGUCUUCCGAGUUGGAAGUCGAGGAAGGGAGAAGGGUGAAUUCACCAAUUUACAGGGCGUGUCGGCAGCUAGCAGCGGACGCAUAGUGGUAGCAGACAGCAACAACCAAUGUAUCCAGGUUUUCUCCAAUGAAGGCCAGUUCAAGUUCCGCUUUGGGGUCCGAGGGCGCUCACCUGGGCAGCUGCAGCGCCCUACAGGUGUGGCAGUGGACACCAAUGGAGACAUUAUUGUGGCAGACUAUGACAACCGUUGGGUCAGCAUCUUCUCCCCUGAGGGCAAAUUCAAGACCAAGAUUGGAGCUGGCCGUCUCAUGGGCCCCAAAGGAGUGGCCGUAGACCGGAAUGGACAUAUCAUUGUGGUCGACAACAAGUCUUGCUGCGUCUUUACUUUCCAGCCCAAUGGCAAGCUGGUUGGCCGUUUUGGGGGCCGUGGUGCCACUGACCGCCACUUUGCAGGGCCCCAUUUUGUGGCUGUAAACAACAAGAAUGAGAUUGUAGUGACGGAUUUCCAUAACCAUUCAGUGAAGGUAUUCGACAGCUCUGGCUCCUUCCUGUCCUACAUCAACACGUCUGCAGAGCCACUGUAUGGCCCCCAGGGCCUGGCACUGACCUCAGAUGGACACGUGGUGGUGGCCGAUGCUGGCAACCACUGCUUUAAAGCUUAUCGCUACCUCCAGUAG